AUGUCAACCCUUCGAGCUGCAAGGAAACCAAGCCUGCAGCAGAUCCUUAGAGCUGCAACAACCAUUAAAGCUACCAUUUGGCAUUUGGAGGAGAGGGUUGUUGUCCAACAACAAAUUGGGGUUGGUCAGAGAGAGGAAGAUCCAAGCGGUGAAGUGGAGGAGAGGGAUAUCGUCCAGCGACAAAUUGGGGUUGCAGGAAAUAUUGGGUUUUUUGAAGCUUGGAGGAUACCAGGAGUGCCGCCAUUUGCGCUUUCUCUAUUCUUUACGAAGCUUUCUCUGCUGACCUUGGCAUUUGGCACACAUAGUUCCAUUAUAAGGACUUCUCGCGCCUUGGCUACUGUGGCUGCCAUUGUUAAUGGCACUGGAUCAUUUGGUGAAGCUCUUGGUCCUCUUCUCACUGGGCUUAUCCAUGGAACGGAACGAUGGAAUGUAGUUUCCAAGAUCCUUGCAGUUUGUGUUGUCAUUGCCAUGCUUAUUUUAUCACGUCAGGUUCUAGGUGAAGUCAAAAGGAAAAGAAGGCAGCGACAUGGACCUGGAGGCGAGGCAAUGAACUGCCCUGAAACACACAUGUUGGUGUUUGCAUAG